GGGAGCAGAAUAGUCUUGAGAUUCGGGGAGUGUGCAGUGGGUUCCUCCAACAAACUUCUCGGCUGCAUUAAGAAGAGAGACAUGAACAUCUCACAUCUAGUGGCUUGUGGACUAUUGGUGGCUCUGCUGACAGUGACCAUGGAAGCAAAACCUUUAACACCGUCACAGCAGAAGUCCCUCCGAAAUCUGUUAGGAGAGGAAUUAUCUGCGUAUCUUACAUCAGAUGAGCAGGAGUCAGGCUCGGAAAACUUGAGGUCGAGAGCUCGCUUGAUGAGGGACCUGAGACUAGACACCAGGGCGAAGGCUGCUUGGGCUCGGCUUUUGAACGACCAUCCUAACCCGAGAAAGUCUAAAGGAAUCAAUAAGAAAGGGUUAUCCAAAGGGUGCUUUGGUCUCAAACUGGACAGAAUAGGAUCUAUGAGUGGACUUGGAUGUUAGAGUGUUGGAGAGUAAGUGGAGGUCUGUCACUGGACGAUGGGUUUUGAGCAACAUUUUACUUGUCUCCUGAGGAUUUUUUUUAAAUGCCAUCUCACUUUAAUAAACAGUCUGGUUUGAACUCCUGGUACGAAGAAGCAUCAUCACCAGCGUUUAUUGACGAAUAUGAAAAGGAAAAAAAAUAUAUAAAAAAGUCAACCAACAUAAACACACGCAAGAAUCAGUGGACAGUGUUGUAGAAACUAAUAAUGCAAAGCUAUAUAUUUCUGUCGCUGCUGGACAUUCAUGUACAUCAUUCCUGCAUAAAUGUAUUUAUGUUUAAGAAACUAUUUAUAUGUUUAUAAAGAGAUAUUUAUAAAUAUGAGUUUUAUUUAUGUAACAUUUUAAAAUGAAUGGAAACUACAGGUCAAACACAAUGUUUGCAACUUUUUUGU